AUGCCAGGCCAAAUCCAUGCUUCUUGUGGGGAGAACGCCAACGACGUCGUUAUCCUUGGCUGCGGCAUCAUCGGCUUGUGUACCGCGUACUAUCUCACAGAAAGUGGAAAUACAGAUCCAAAGAGUAUUCAUCUGGUUGAUUCGAGUCCGAAGUUAUUCCAUUGCGCGUCUGGCCUUGCUGCGGGCUUCUUGAGUGCCGACUGGUUCGCACCAUCCGUAGCUUCCCUCGGCGCGUUAUCCUUCAGACUUCACGCCGACCUUGCGAACGCGCAUUCCGGACGUACAACAUGGGGAUACUCGCAGUCCACCGGAAUCUCUCUUUCACAAGACAGCGAAUCAGCCAUUGGCGGUAGCGGCGAAGACUGGCUUGAGAAUGGAACGAGUCGAGCACAAUUAGCGAAUCACAACAAGCCCUGGGAAGAACAGGCUGCCGGACCAGAAUGGCUUCGGCGCACACAGGAAGGCAUCAUGGAGAUUAUCAGUAGGGAUGGGACGACGGCACAAAUUGAUCCGUUGAGAUUCUGCCAGUGGCUUCUGAAAGAAGUUCAGAGAAGGGGGGUCAUGAUACAUCAGCCCGCGACGGCGAGAGCCAUCAUCAAGGAUGCAGAGGACGUGCUGUGCGGUGUGAGGAUAUCAAAGGGUGAUGACGCCGAGUCGGAGAUAGAGUUACCAUGUAGUCGUCUCGUGAUAACCUCCGGUGCGUGGUCUCCACGCGUAUUCAGCACCCUCUUCCCAUCCUCGAAAGCGCGCAUCCCCGUCUCCUCCUUAGCUGGCCACUCGCUGCUCGUUCGAAACCCACACCACAAGCCCGAAGAGCUCGACAAGGAAGUCUGCCACGCAGUCUUCGCGACAGAUACACUCGGCUUCUCGCCAGAAUGGUUUGCGAGACUGGGUGGAGAGCUGUAUCUGGCAGGACUCAAUAGCACAAAUAUACCUCUGCCAGAGGUUGCAACAGACGUUCAAGCUAGUGCGAAGGCUAUCGAGCAGUUGAAACAGUGUGCGAAGGCUAUGAUGGUGAACGUCCCAGGCAGAGACAUGGAGAUUUUGAGGGAAGGCUUGUGCUUCCGUCCAGUCACAUCUAGCGGCCGACCCAUAGUAUCGCGGAUACCGGACGAAAAGCUCGGAGGUAUCAGGACGAAAGAUGAAGGGAACGGAGGUGUAUACAUAGCAGCGGGGCAUGGUGCCUGGGGUAUAUCGCAUGCGCCUGCAGACACAAUGUCUACGAACCCUGCCGACGAGGUUGCCGCGAGGAAACGACAUGAGCGCGAAACGAAUCCCAUUCACAUCGAACGACUAGACACAAACGUUUUGGCUGCGCUACCGAAAGAUAUGGACAUACUAUUGAUUGAACAGUCCGGUGAAAGCGCUUGGUGUGAGAGUUUCCGCAUCGAUACAAAGCUGCAAGACGGCUCGGAGAGACAAUACUUCGUGAAGGUUCGAUUGCCUGUCUCGUCAAACGAGAGAGCCCAUCUAAUGGAAGCGCAGACCAAGAUCGGCGAACUAGGAAAACGGAUGAUGGAAGGUACCUACGAAUCCGAACUACUUUAUCACUCUUACUGCCCCGAACAUGUUCCAACACCAAUUGCCUGGGGAGCCUAUAAAGACCACCCGGACACAUGGUUCUACAUCUGCGACUUCCACGACAUGGCGAUGGAGAAACUGGAUCCAAGUGCCUUUGUCGACAUCAUUACUGGGGUGCACAAAGCAAGUAUGGGAAAAUCGUCGCUCGGCAAAUACGGAUUCCACAUUCCAACUCACCUUGCUCACGUACCGAACGACAACACAUGGGAAGAUUCGUGGGAAGUCUGGUAUAAUAGAGCCAUGCAGACCAUGUAUGAUCUAGAGAAGAACAAAUAUGGGAUAGACGAAGAGUUAGAAGUCAUCUUCGAAGCUCUCCGUUCAAAAGUCAUACCCAGGUUGCUCCGCCCUCUGGAAACCGGCGGUCGCUCGAUUAACUCAUGCCUCUUGCAUUCGGAUCUAUGGCCUGGAAACUGCAUGCUGGAGAAAGAUACUGGUAAGAUCAUCGUCUUCGACUCGUGUGCUUUCUGGGGCCAUAACGAGUGCGACUUGGGCAGCUGGCGUGCGCCGCGGUACAAUAUGGGCGAGGAGUUCUUUAUCUGCUAUAAGGAUGUCGUGAAGCCUUCGCAGCCAGAGGAAGAUUGGGACGAUCGCAAUAGACUUUACGCCAUGGCCAAAGCUGAGAUGAGAGGGCUCGUUGAGAAGUUCCCUGGCGGCUUCGAAGACUGGGAAGCCCGACAAGUGUCUUCACCACGCGACCUGUAG